CCCUGUUCACAUCUAAAGAUCACUUCUACUUUUAGUUCAUGGUUGUGUGUGCAGGUACGAUGUGAGCUUAUUCUUCCUGAUUCCUCCACAGAGUUGAGCAGCAGAGCUCAGAGCCUCCUAUUCAUCAGUCUGUCCAGCAGCAGCAAACAGAUCUGGACUCCACAUUUAUGAUGCUGGAGGAGAAGAUUUUUACAUUUGAGAAGAAGGAGCUAAAGAAGAUGAAGAACAGUCUGAGUGCAGAUGAUCCACAAUGCUUAGAGAGGCAGGAGGAAGGUCAAGACGAAGAGGAGAGGAGUGCCAGAGAAGCAUUUAUGACGAUCUCACUCGACUUCUUGAGAAAAAUGAAACGGAAAGACCUGGCCGACUGUCUGCAGAGCAAGGAUGCUGCUGCUGUCUGUCAACGACUGCUCAAGUCGAGGCAAAAGGACACAUGCAAGUGUGUAUUUGAAGGGAUAGCAAAAGCUGGAAAUCCAACCCUUCUGAAUGACAUCUACACAGAGAUCUACAUCACAGAGGGAGGGACAGUUGAAGUCAAUCACGAACAUGAAGCCAUACAAAUCGAAGCUGCAUCUUGGAAACAAGACAUAAAGGAAGCAAAAAUCAGACCUGAAGACAUAUUCAAACUGCUACCUGGGAGAGUUGAACCAAUCAAAACAGUGAUGACUAAGGGGGUGGCCGGUAUUGGAAAAACUGUCCUAACGCAGAAGUUCAUUCUGGACUGGGCUGAAGGCAAAACCAACCAAGACAUCCAGUUCACAUUUCCAUUCAACUUCAGAGAGCUCAACGUGCUGAAAGAGAGAAAGUUCAGCUUGGUGGAACUUAUUCAUCGCUUAUUCCCUGAAACCAAAGAAGCAGGAAUCUGCAGGUUUGAGAAAUUCCGGGUCGUCUUCAUCUUCGACUGUCUGGAUGAGUGUCGACUUCCUCUGGACUUCCACAACAAUGAGGUCCUGACUGAUGUUACAGAAUCCAGCUCUGUAGAUGCUCUGCUGACAAACCUCAUCAGGGGGAAACUGCUUCCCUCUGCUCAAAUCUGGAUCCUCACAAGACCUGCAGCUGCCAGUCUAAUCCCCCCUGACUGUGUUGACAUGGUGACAGAAGUCAGGGGAUUUAAUGACACACAUAAAGAAGAGUAUUUUUGCAAGAGAUUCAAAGAUGAAGAGAUGGCUAGUAGAAUCAUCCCCCACAUCGAGACAUCACGAAGUCUCCACAUCAUGUGCCACAUCCCCAUCUUCUGCUGGAUCACUGCUACAGUUCUGGAGAAACUGUUGAAAACCAGAAAGUCAAGAGAGCUCCCCAAGACCCUGACUGAGAUGUACAUCCACUUCCUGGUGGUUCAGGCCAAACUGAAGAAGGUGAAGUAUGAUGGAGGAGCUGAGACAGAUCCUCACUGGAGUCCAGAGAGCACAAAGAUGAUUGAGUCUCUGGGAAAACUGGCUUUUGAGCAGCUGCAGAAAGGAAACCUGAUCUUCUAUGAAUCAGACCUGAGAGAGUGUGAUAUCGAUGUCAGAGAAGCUUCAGUGUACUCGGGAGUGUUCACACAGAUCUUUAAAGAGGAGAAAGGAUUGUACCAGGACAAGGUGUUCUGCUUCAUUCAUCUGAGUUUUCAGGAGUUUCUGGCUGCUCUUCAUGUCCAUCUGACCUUCAUCAACUCUGGUGUCAACCUCUUAAAGGAACAACAGUUGGACACCUGUAAUAAGUCUGAAAGAAAAAGAUAUGGAGCUGACGAGAGAAUUUUCUACCAGAGUGCUGUGGACAAGGCCUUGCAGAGUCCAAAUGGACACCUGGACUUGUUCCUUCGCUUCCUUCUUGGCCUUUCACUUGAAACCAAUCAGUCUCUCCUACAAGGUCUGCUGACUAAGACAGGAAGGAGUUCAGAGAUCAAUCCUGAAGCAGCCCAGUACAUCAAGAAGAAGAUCGAGGAGAAUCCAAGCCCAGAGAAGUGCAUCAAUCUGUUCCACUGUCUGGAUGAACUUAAUGAUCAUUCUCUGGUCGAGGAGAUCCAACAGUACCUGAGUUCAGGCAGUCUCUGCACAGACAAACUGUCUCCUGCUCAGUGGUCAGCUCUGGUCUUCAUCUUACUGUCAUCAAAAAAAGACCUGGAGGUGUUUGACCUGAAGAAAUACUCGGCUACAGAGGACGCUCUACUGAGGCUGCUGCCAGUGGUCAAAGCUUCGAAGAAAGCUCUGCUAAACGGCUGUCAUCUGUCAGAGAGAAGCUGUGAAGCUCUGUCUACAGUUCUCAGCUCAUCCAGUCUGACUAAACUGGACCUGAGUAACAACGACCUGAAGGACUCGGGAGUGAAGAGACUCUCGGAUGGACUACGGAGUCCACGGUGCAAACUGGAAACUCUCAGGUCAGCAUUCAUCAACCUGGUCAACUGUUCAGCAUAAAUUAUCAUUCACAUCAGAGAGAUUCUUUUUAAAAGUGGGGUACUCUGAAGCACUUAUGAACACUUAGGGCCCGAUUUACUAAGAUCCUAAAUAAAGAGUACUAAAUUGCGU